GGUGGUGGCGACGCUAGCUGGGCACAGCGCCAAUGUGUUGGGGGUGGCUUGGUGUCCGGUGGAGGGAGGCAGGCGGCUGGCGAGCUGCGGGUGGGAUAAGGUGGUGAAGCUGUGGGACACGCGCAGCAACAAGUGCAUUGCCACGCUGGCAGGCCACACCGAGCUGGUCCGCUGCAUCAGCUGGAGCCCCGACGGCCGCCGCCUCGCCUCCGUCUCCCCCGACCAAACAUUGCGACUCUGGAGCCUCUCCUCCUCCUCCUCCUCCUCCUCCUCGGGCUUCCGCUGCUCCGCUCUGUUGCGUCAAACGGAGUGGGUCACCGCGGCUGCCUUCUCCCCGGACGGCCGCACGCUAGCUUCGGGCAGCGAGGGCAAGGAGCUGCGGAUCUGGGAUGUGGCGGCAUGCGAGGCGCAACAUGCAGCAGCCGCCAACUGUGUUAGCACCGGUGCCAUUAACAACUCUGCAACAACCACAACAGCAGCAGCAGCAGGAUUGGAUGGGACAACGGCAACGGGAACUGCAGCCGCGACUUCAUCAUCUCCAGCACACACCGCAGACGUGACAUGCGUCGCGCUCAGUCCCGACGGUUCCCUCCUCGCUACCGCCUCCGAAGACAAAACCGUACGGCUGUACGACGCAGCUUCCGUACAGUGGUUGGCAACCCUGGAGGGGCACUCCGCCUGCGUGACCUGCGUGGCUUGGGCGCCUGCGGGAAGCGGCUGGCCGCGACUGGCAUCCGCCUCGCAUGACCUUACGUUGCGGGUGUGGGAGGUGGAUUUGAAGGCCGCGGGGCACAGCGGCCAGCUAAACGUGGGUCCGAAUGCCAUCGGUGGUGGUGAUGGUGGUAACGGUGGUGGUGGUGGAGCCGCCGCCGCCUCCGGCGGCGGCGGCGGUGGUCGGCAGGUGAAGGUGACGUGUACCGCCACCCUGACCGGGCACACGGACCGCAUUCGCAGCGUUGCGUGGAGCCCCGCGGGAGGGGGGCAGCUGGCUUCAGGCGCGGAGGACAACCAUGUACGCCUGUGGGAUGCGGUUUCCGGCAGUUGCAGUGCCACGCUGUGGGGGCAUGGCAACUAUGUGACGUGCGUGGCUUACAGCCCGCAUGACGGCGGCCGUACGGUUUCCUCGGCUUCGCAGGACACCACCAUUCGGGUUUGGGACGUAGCGGGGCGGAAGCUGCUGCGCACGUUGCAUGGACACGAGCACUACGUGAACCACCUGACUUACACUCGGUGUGGGCGGAUGCUUGCGUCCGCGGGUUGUGACAUGUCGGUCAGGCUGUGGCAGCACUCGAGCGGGAAGUGCCUGGCUGUGUUGCGGGGGCACACGCAGAAUGUGAAUUGGGUGGCGUUUGCACCGGUACCGGCGGGGGCGGGGGGUGCUGGUGGUGGGGGUGGGGGUGGGGGUGGGGGUGGAGGAGGAGGAGGCGCUGCUAAGGAGUCGGAACGGAACAGCAGCAGCAGCAACAAUACCGGUGGCGGUGCUAGGAGUAGUGGUAACGGAAGUGCUCCGGCUACUUUUGCAGCAGGUGCUGGUGCUGCUGCUAGUGCGGGUGCGAGUGCUGCCGGUGCUGGGAAGGGAGAGCGGCGGCGAAGCGGCAACCUGCCGACUCGGCUGGCGAGUGCUUCCACAGACGAGACGGUGCGUGUGUGGGACCUCACCACCCGCAAGUGCGCUGCCACGCUGUACGG